AUGCAAACCGGCGGCCAGCUGGCGGUUUUGACGCAACACCUGGUAGCCGCGGUGAAUCCGGCGAGGCCAGCCGGCAGCGCGCCAGAGCCGCGACAGAGCCAAUCUACUGCAUCGCUACCGCCAGAGCGCGGUCUACCAAUUGGCGGCCGUUCCAGAUUUUGCGCGUGGCGCAUCUUUGUAACAGACGCGAUUCGGUGCCUGCACGGAAGGCCAGAUAGUAUUUCCUCGCCCGCCAUACAAAUUAGUAUGGAAAAGCCGGCCUCGGCGUCUAGGCACUACACUAGCCACCCUAACAGUCACUAG